GGAGCGCCAAUGAAAUGAUUCAGUGGCCAUUUACAACUAAUCGGCAAGAAGCUGGGCUCACAGCUGGCCAAUGGGCGCCCACUGGGAGUGGGCUGUCCCAGCCCCUUUUCAGUCCCAGCUGGGUUUGUUAAAGCGACAGCGCCCAAGGCGUGCCGGUGCUCCACCAGGUACCUCACAGGGGCCACGGCAGCCCUGAGCGUGCGGCCAGCGCCCGUGACAGCGGCGCUGCGGGGCUCGUGACCCCGGUUCCGGGCCUCUGCCUACGUCUGCGGCGGGGCCGCGUCGCCUGGCGGGAUGGGCGGCGAGGCGGGGUCCGCGGCGGCCGUGGGCUCCGAGGGCCGCGUGAAGAACCUGGGUCUGGUGUUCGAGGACGAGCGCAAAGGCUGUUACUCGAGCGGCGAGACGGUGGCCGGGCACGUGCUGCUGGAGGCGGCAGAGCCAGUGGCCCUGCGAGCGCUGCGCCUGGAGGCCCAGGGCCGCGCCACCGCCGCCUGGGGCCCGAGCGCAGGCGUCAGCGCCGCGACCCCGGCCGCCGCCGCGGAGGUGGAAUACCUGAACGUGCGCUUGAGUCUGCAGGAACCCCCGGCCGGUGAAGGUAUCAUUUUAUUACAGCCUGGAAAACAUGAAUUUCCAUUUCGCUUUCAACUUCCAUCUGAACCUUUGGUCACCUCAUUUACCGGGAAAUAUGGAAGUAUUCAGUACUGUGUUAGGGCAGUUUUGGAACGGCCCAAGGUGCCCGAUCAGAGUGUAAAGCGGGAACUCCAGGUUGUUAGUCAUAUCGAUGUCAACACGCCGGCAUUAUUAACCCCUGUAUUGAAAACUCAAGAGAAAAUGGUUGGCUGUUGGUUUUUCACUUCUGGUCCAGUCUCACUGAGUGCCAAAAUUGAAAGAAAGGGAUACUGUAAUGGAGAAGCAAUUCCAAUCUAUGCAGAAAUAGAGAAUUGUUCGUCUCGUCUGAUUGUUCCCAAAGCUGCUAUUUUCCAAACCCAGACGUAUUUGGCUAGUGGGAAAACAAAGACUGUCCGUCACAUGGUCGCCAAUGUGCGAGGAAACCACAUUGCUUCUGGGAGCACCGACACGUGGAAUGGAAAAACUCUAAAAAUUCCACCUGUUACUCCAUCCAUCCUAGAUUGCUGCAUUAUCAGAGUGGAUUAUUCCUUAGCUGUAUAUAUUCACAUUCCUGGUGCUAAAAAAUUGAUGAUUGAACUGCCAUUAGUGAUUGGUACAAUUCCAUAUAAUGGUUUUGGCAGCAGAAACUCCAGUGUAGCCAGCCAGUUCAGUAUGGAUAUGAGCUGGUUGACACUGACCCUGCCAGAACGGCCUGAAGCACCACCAAAUUAUGCAGAUGUGGUAUCAGAGGAAGAAUUCUCUAGACACAUUCCUCCUUAUCCUCAACUCUCUAACUGUGAGGAAGAAGUAUGCUGUCCUAUGUUUGCCUGCAUACCAGAAUUCCGGUUCCAACCCCCACCUCUUUAUUCAGAGGUUGAUCCACAUCCUAGUGAUGUAGAAGAGACCCAGCCUGUUUCCUUCAUUCUCUGAAUAGAUUUCGGAAAUCACUGUGUUCAUCAUCAAAUCAGAAUAUUUAUUCUUUUCUUCUGCUUUUUGGGAAAGAGAGAGGGAAGAUUCACUUAAGAACAUAAAGUUCUUCAGUCUUGAACAUCAAGACCGAAGGCAAUAAAAAUUAAAACGUACAAGAACUUUCUAGUGGGCCAACAGGAUCUUUGCACAAGUUUAUAUGAUGCUCAUAUAUCCCUUUCAAAAAAUGGAAUGAAGAUGUAAAAAGUCACAGAAUGUAACGGAAGUCCUGACGGUGAUAGAGUAAGUGAAGGGGUGCCAGUGCUGACCUGAGAGAAAGGAACCUGUAAACAGGAAACACUGUGGGCUUCCCACAGUGUUUUUAAAAGUAUCCUAAACUUAAGGCAAUAUGGACUCAGUGGGAGAAGACUUGGUUUUGGAGAGAGUAGCAGCACAAGGGUGGGCAUGAAUAGGAAAAUGGCCUACUUUAAAUAUAAAGGGAGACCCGCAAGUUGCAGGGUCUUCAUGAUUUCUUACCGUAUUACCAUAUUCAGGCCUGAAGUCCUUGAAAGUCUCUUUUCUUGAGAUCAUGAUCAUAUAAGGUCCUAAUGAAGUCAUACAGUUUUCACUCUUUCAAUGGUAGGUUAAAAUGUAGCUUAUAAAUUGGCUGUACAGUACUAUGAGACUAAGAAAUGGCUUCUUGAAAAACUUCUCAGUGCAAAGGGGAAAGAUGAAUUUUGGUAUGAAAACACAUUUUGUUGAAAUGUGGCUGUACUUUUUAUCCCCUUUAAGUACUUUAUACAGGAUAUAUGUUUGGUUUUCCUUAUAUCUUAUUUACCUAGGAGCGCAUUAGAGAAGAAAAGGGGAUAAAAACGUUGCAUCUUCAGGAUGCCUUGAUAACUACACAGUCAAAAAAAAAAAGCCUUUCUUAAAUCUACCUCUCGUGGGGUUAUCAGACAUGUUUUUAACACUCUAGGUCAGAUCAGUCUUCUCUGGAGUUUCUACUGUUUGCAGUAGCAAUCUCAUCCCCCCAUCACUAAAUCUGAAUCUGGGCCAAGGGAAAAACCCCUUGGGCAUUAAAUGGAAGUAAAUAUAGGUAUAUCAAGGGAAUUU